AUGGAUGCACCAACAUUCUAUGUGCGUCUUACAAGCGAUGAAGAUGCGUUCAAACACAUACAGCUUUAUCAUUUUGAUGCAAAAAUUAUAGUUGGUGUGAAUGAGAAUGCCGUGUCGUUCCUUACACACUCGGUUAAGUUGAGACAACGUUCGGAAUUUUUCAAUACAGCAUUAUCUAACACGUGGAUACGAAGAGAGAAUGGUGUAGCCGUUAUACACAAACCAAACAUGUCACCUGAACUGUUUGAGGAAAUAUUAAAAUUCAUAUAUUUCGAAAACAUACCAAUCAAUGUUUUGGAAGCUCAUGCAAGGGAUUUGUUUUUCUACUCUGAUGAGUUGUUGAUUGAUACGUUGCUUGGCUCGAUCUUUUCAGCAUGGCUAAAUUCUAUAAAAGAAUCAUUGAAACUUCCGCACUUUUUUAUCACUGCAGUCAACACUAUUUACAAUUAUUCUACUCUGAAAUCAUGCCAAGAUGAUUUUGCAGCAAUGUUCGAACAAGAUCCUUGGAAUUUUUACAAUCAUCCUAAUCUAUCUGACCUACAUGAGGAUAUAAUGAAGAUACUUGCAAAAAAGGCGUGUCAAUAUGGUAAUGGAGAAGUAUUUUUAGACGUUUUAAUCAAAUGGGGCAUUGAAAGGAAUGCACGCCUGGUAAAAGAGCCCUUCUACCAAUGGAAAUCAAAACAUUUUGAUCUGCUGGCAGACACCAUAUCAGGGGCAUUGCAAGAAGUGAAGUUUGGUCAAAGACCGGAAAGAUAUGCUCAUUUCAAUCACCUUUCAUUUGAUCAAAUAUUUCAUGGUGAUUUUGAACAGCUAAACUGGUAUAAAGGUUGUGAUAUUUCCAAAAGCGAACUGCCUGCAAAUCCAGAAGGGGGUUUGACUGAAAGCACUGAAAUACAUGCUCAACUUGAUUCUCUACCAAUUCCGUUUACUGAUACGAUACAAAAGAUAUUAGUCGCUCAGAAGACAGAAAAUACCAACAGUUCAUUCACGCGACCCACCAAGAAUUGGCCGAGGGUUAAAACCUCAUACAAUUUCGUUCUCUCAUACCACAAGAUGAUAAAUUCUUCUUUACCAUCGUUCCAUGAGUUUUUUCAAUCAUAUUUACAUUCUGCUCCAGCAUUAGUCGUUUUAAGACAGGGGCCAAAAACUGUUGCAGGAUUGUCUAUGA